AUGGAGGAGACGCCUCCCGCGGAGGACCAGCGGCUGGAUUUCAUAGCGAACUACGUGCUGAGGACGUUCAAGCUCAAGCAAGACAAAUGGCAGAAGUGUGUGUCGGCGGAGGAGAACCGCCAGGCGCUGCUGGGGUUCCUGGACCGGGCCGAGCAGCGGACUCUGGUGGUGUGUGUGACCGCGGCCGGGCUGCUGCAGGCGGCCGCCUCGUUCGCGGAAGCCGGCGGGAGCUCGAAGAGCAAGGCGGUGUACUUCAUGAAGGCCGGAGGGGCCGCGCUCCGCCCGGAGACCAUGAGGGAGUGCGUGGUGUGCGGGGACCUGUCCUACACCCCCCUGCAGCAGUUCUCUGCCCUGGUAGAGGAGGUCGUGGCCCCACUGCUCUCCAACAGUCAGAACCACACAGGCUGGCCCCAGGUGGUCUCUCAGGACAUCCUGCACCACGUGCACUCCCUCCAGAACAGCGUGUACGUGGUGUCCGGACGGGUCCAGGGCAGGACUCUGCUGCCUCUCCCCGUGGGCUCAAACGGAGCGCAGCAGGCCGACAAAAGCGGGGAAGUCAGGAGCGUCAUCCACUCCCUGGAGUCCGCCGUGAUCGAGUGGAGCCAUCAGAUCCGCUCCAUCCUGAAGAAAGACUCCUCAGAGGCCCUGCUGGAAGGCAAGAAGCCCACCCCUCACACAGAGCUGCUCUUCUGGAAGAACAGAUGUGCAGAUUUGGAGUGCGUCCACUCCCAGCUAACAUCGUCUAAGGUGACCAAGAUGGCCGCGCUGUUGGAGGCCGCGGAGAGCAGCUACUUCCCCGCGUUCCUGAACAUGAAGCAGGACGCCUUCGCAGCUCUGGAAGAGGCCAAGGACAUCUGCACCUACCUGCAGCCGCUCCAGCGCUUCUUUGAAGACAUGGAGAACGUGGAGUUUAAUGAGGUCGGGAGUCAAAUCGGGCCUCUGAUGCACACGGUGUGCCUGGUGUGGGCUCACUCCAGAUACUACAGCACUCCGGCUCGCCUCGUCGUUCUGCUGCAGGAGACCUGCAACCUCCUCGUACAGCAGGCGCGGGGGUAUCUCGCUCCCGAGGAGAUCCUGAGGGGAGACGUCCCAGAGAAUCUCCUCAAAGUGCAGAAAAGCCUGGAGAUCCUUCAGCUCUUCAGAAGUACGUACGAGGACCGCAGGGCCAAUCUGAAGCAGUACCAGAGCAACGGCAGCCCGGUUCGACCUUGGGACUUUUCCCCGCUGUUGAUUUUCUCCGGAUUCGAUCAGUUCAUCAGCAGAGUCCAAACCGUCAGGGACGUCCUUUUGACAGCUGAGGACCUGUUCAAACUGGAGAAGCUGGAGAUCGGAGGCGUCCAGGGUCGAACGCUGAGCCUGCAGGUCCAAGGACUCCACCAAGAGUUCAUGAGCGCUUUCAAAGUCCUGACGGAGAAACCUUACGACUGCUUGGACCUGAACGACACGGAGUUCGAGGAAGAUGUGAGGGAGUUCAAACUGAAGGUGGACGACGCGGACCGGCGGCUCGGCGCCGUCUUCUGUCUGGCCUUCGACGACGCCCCCGGACUGGAGCACGCCUUCAAGGUCGCGGAUAUGUUCGGCGGCCUGCUGGAGCGGCCGCUGGUGGCCGCAGAUGCUCAGGACAGAUUCUCCCGCCUGUUGUCCAUGUUCGACGAAGAGCUGGACUGCUGCAAACUCCUCUACAGCCGCCGCGUUAAGGCGGCGGCGCAUCCCGGUUCGGCUCCAGUGAACAAGAACAUGCCGCCAGUGGCCGGCGGGCUGCGCUGGGCUCAAGAGCUGCGGCAGCGCAUCCAGACCCCCUUCUCCAAGUUCAGACACCUUUCAUAUCCGUGCCUGGAGUCUGCAGAAGGACUGAGGGUCAUCGGCAAGUACGAAGAGAUGAUGCAACUCCUGGACAGGUACUCCGGCGGCUUGUACGAGGCGUGGACGGAGAGCGUGGGCGAGAGCUCCCAGUACAACCUCGGCCUGCCGCUCAUCAGCAGGGACCCGGACACUCGGCUCAUCUCCGUCAACUUCAAUCCGCAGCUGGCCUCGGUGCUCCGGGAGGUCAAGUAUCUGGAGGCUGGACAGACAGUGGAAAUCCCCGAAGCCGCAGUGCAGCUCUACACCACCAGGGGGCAGCUGUGGCAAUACGUGGCCAACCUGGAGCUCACCGCCAGUCGAUACAACAAGGUGCUGCUGUCCGUGCUGGACGUGGAGCGGCCGCUGGUCCGGGGCCAGCUCGGGGACAUCGACCAGCAGCUCCGCCAGGCCCAGGAAACCCUCAACUGGAACAGCCAAGGCGUCUGGCAGUACAUCCAGGAGGUGCGGGACGGCGUCUGCGACCUCGAGAGCCGACUCCAGAGAGCCAAGGACAACGUGGACGAGAUCCAGGGCUGCGUGAGGUCCUGGGCCAGCCCCGUGUUCGACAGGAAGGAGGGCAGGAGGGAGGCGCUGCUCAGUCUGGAGGACAGAACCGAGAGGCUCGACCGGUUCUACGGCCUGAUCCGGUCCUCCGGAGAGAAGAUUCACUUCCUGCUGAAGAGCAACGAGGCGCUCCUCCGAGCCGAGCCGUCCUCCGAGGAGUGGAAGGCCUACGUGGAGUACGUGGACGACGCCGUGCUGGACGGCUUCUUCUGCAGCAUCGAGAGCUCGCUCAAGUUCUUCCUGGAUAACACCGAGCAGCGAGCGGCGGCGGCUCCUCUGUUUGAGGCUCAGCUGGAUCUGAAGCUUCCCGACUUGGUCUUCACGCCGUCCCUGGACUUCGGCGCUGGAGACGGCUUCUUUGAGCUGGUGGAGAGCCUCAUCAACGACGUGUUCAGGAUGUCCUCCCUGGUCCCGCGCCUCGCCCAGCACAGCGCCUUCCCCCACUACCAGGCUGACAUGGAGGACAUGGCCGACCUGGCGGACAUGCGGCAGCUCCUGAUGGAGCGCGUGCAGAGCGCCAUGGCGGCGUGCUGCGAGUUUCGCAACUCCCUGGAGCGCUACAGCUACCUGUACGUGGACGACAGGAAGGAGUUCAUGCGGCAGUUCCUGCUGUACGGACACAUCCUGACCAGCCAGGAGAUGGAGCUUUACGCCGAAAACGGAGUCCCGGAAAACCCGCCGACUCUGGAGAACUUUAGGGAACAAGUGGAAAGUUACGAGAAGAUCUACGAGGAGGUGCAGGCUCUGGAUCCGGUGCGCGUCUUCAACGGCUGGAUGAGGGUGGACGCCCGCAGCAUGAAGAGUGCCUUGCUCAACAUCAUCAAGAAGUGGAGUUUCAUGUUCAAACAGCACCUCAUCGACUUUGUAACCAACAGUCUGUCGGAUCUGGAGAGUUUCAUCGCUGCGGCCGAGGCGGGGCUGGGCCAGCGGGUGGAGGAGGGCGACUACGGCAGCCUGGUGGGCGUCAUGGGUCACUUACUGGCCGUGAAGGAAAGGCAAAGCGCGACGGACACCAUGUUCGAGCCUCUGCAGGAAACCAUCGCUCUGCUGAAGGAGUACGAGCAGGAGCUGCCCGAUGUGGUUUACAGACAGCUGGAGGAGCUACCGGAGAAGUGGAAAAACGUGAAGAAGCAGGCGGUGGUGGUCAAACAGCAGGUGGCGCCACUGCAGGCGAUCGAGGUGACCAGCCUGAGGAGGAAGUGCGCGACGUUCGACGUGGAGCAGCACACCUUCAGGGAGCGCUUCAGGAAGGACGGUCCCUUCAGGUUCGACAGCGAGCGCCCCUACCAGAUGCUGGACGCGUUCCACCGGCAGAUCGGCGAGCGCGAGGCGGUCAUGGCGUCCCUGGUGGCGUCCGCCGGCCUGUUCGAGGUCACCGCGUCGGACUACAAGCAGCUCCGGCAGUGCAGGCGCGAGGUGGGCCUGCUGAAGGAGCUGUGGGACAUGAUCACCGUGGUGGAGUCCAGCAUGGCGUCCUGGAGGACCACUCCCUGGAGGGAGAUCAACGUGGAGGACAUGGAGCUGGAGUGCAAACGCUUCUCCAAAGACAUCCGCGGCCUGGAUAAAGAGGUGCGAGCGUGGGAGGCCUUCACGGGUCUGGACGGCCGGGUCAAGAACCUCCUGGUGUCGCUGCGGGCCGUGGCCGAGCUCCAGAACCCGGCCAUCCGGCCCCGGCACUGGCACCAGCUGAUGGCCGCCACCGGAGUCCGCUUCACCAUGGACCAGGACACCACGCUGGCCGACCUGCUGCAGCUCAACCUGCACUGCUUCGAGGACGAGGUGAGAGGAAUCGUGGACAAGGCGGUGAAGGAGAUGGGGAUGGAGAAGGUCCUGUCUGAGCUCAACGCCACCUGGACUGGCAUGCAGUUCCAGUACGAGCCGCACCACCGGACCCAGGUGCCCCUGCUGCGCAGCGACGAGGAGCUGAUCGAGACGCUGGAGGACAACCAGGUGCAGCUGCAGAACCUCAUGUCGUCCAAGCACAUCGCGCACUUCCUGGAGGAGGUGUCGUCGUGGCAGGCCCGGCUGUCGGUGGCCGACUCGGUCAUCUCCAUCUGGUUCGAGGUGCAGCGGACCUGGACCCACCUGGAGAGCAUCUUCAUCGGCUCGGAGGACAUCCGCUCGCAGCUGCCGGAGGACUCCAGACGCUUCGAGGGGAUUGAUGCCGACUUCAGAGAGCUGGCCAGCGCCGCGCAUCAGACGCCCAACGUGGUGGAGGCCACCAACAAGCCGGGCUUGUUCCUGAAGCUGGAGGACAUCCAGAGCAGACUCUCUCUGUGUGAAAAAGCUCUGGCCGAGUACCUGGACACCAAGCGUCUGGCUUUCCCUCGCUUUUACUUCAUCUCCUCUGCCGACCUGCUGGACAUCCUGUCCAACGGCACCAACCCGCACCAGGUCCAGAAGCAUCUGUCUAAGCUGUUUGACAACAUGGCCAGGAUGCGCUUCCAAGGCGACGGGGAGGGGGGCGCCGCCUCCAAGACCGGCCUGGGCAUGUACAGCAAGGAGGACGAGUACGUGGCCUUCGACCGGCCCUGCGACUGCGACGGGCAGGUGGAGGCGUGGCUGAACCGCGUGUUGGACACCAUGCGCUCCACGGUCCGUCACGAGAUGACGGAGGCGGUGACGGCCUACGAGGAGAAACCCCGGGAGCAGUGGCUGUUCGACUACCCGGCUCAGGUGGCGCUGACGUGCACGCAGAUCUGGUGGACGACCGACGUGGGCCUGGCCUUCGCCCGCCUGGAGGAGGGCUACGACAACUCCCUGAAGGACUACUACAAGAAGCAGGUGUCCCAGCUCAACACGCUCAUCUCCAUGCUGGUGGGCCAGCUGACGCCGGGCGACCGCCAGAAGGUCAUGACCAUCUGCACCAUCGACGUGCACGCCAGGGACGUCGUGGCCAAGAUGAUCGCCCAGAAGGUGGAGAAUUCUCAGGCCUUUGUGUGGCUGUCGCAGCUGCGGCACCGCUGGGAUGAAAGGGAGAAACACUGUUUUGCCAACAUCUGCGACGCCCAGUUCCGCUACUCCUACGAAUACCUGGGCAACACGCCGCGAUUAGUCAUCACUCCCCUGACGGACAGGUGCUACAUCACGCUGACCCAGUCCCUCCACCUGACCAUGAGCGGCGCCCCGGCGGGGCCGGCGGGCACCGGCAAGACGGAGACCACCAAAGACCUGGGCCGGGCCCUGGGCAUCAUGGUGUACGUGUUCAACUGCUCCGAGCAGAUGGACUACAAGUCCUGUGGGAACAUCUACAAAGGCCUGGCGCAGACGGGAGCGUGGGGCUGCUUCGACGAGUUCAACCGGAUCUCCGUGGAGGUGCUGUCGGUGGUCGCGGUGCAGGUGAAGAGCAUCCAAGACGCCAUCCGCGAUAAGAAGCAGAGGUUUAACUUCAUGGGGGAGGAGGUGAACCUGUGCCCCUCCGUGGGGAUCUUCAUCACAAUGAACCCGGGCUACGCCGGCCGGACGGAGCUGCCCGAGAACCUCAAGGCGCUUUUCAGACCCUGCGCCAUGGUGGUGCCGGACUUCGAGCUGAUCUGCGAGAUCAUGCUGGUGGCCGAGGGCUUCAUCAACGCCCGGGCGCUCGCCCGCAAGUUCAUCACGCUCUACACCCUGUGCAAGGAGCUGCUGUCCAAACAGGACCACUACGACUGGGGCCUCCGGGCCAUCAAGUCGGUCCUGGUCGUGGCCGGAUCCCUCAAGAGGGGCGACCCCGGCCGGGCCGAGGACCAGGUGUUGAUGAGAGCCCUGCGAGACUUCAACAUCCCCAAGAUCGUGACGGACGACAUGCCGGUGUUCAUGGGCCUGAUCGGAGACCUGUUCCCGGCUCUGGACGUCCCCCGCAAGAGAGACCCGGACUUCGAGAGGCACGUCAAGGAGGCCAUCCUGGACCUGAAGCUGCAGGCCGAGGACAACUUCGUGCUGAAGGUGGUGCAGCUGGAGGAGCUGCUGGCCGUGCGCCACUCCGUGUUCGUGAUCGGGAACGCCGGCACCGGGAAGAGCCAGGUGCUGCGGUCGCUGCAGCGGACCUACCAGAGGAUGAAGCGCCGGCCCGUGUGCACGGACCUCAACCCCAAAGCCGUGACCAACGACGAGCUCUUCGGCAUCAUCAACCCGGCGACCCGGGAGUGGAAAGACGGCCUGUUCUCCAGCAUCAUGCGGGAGCUCGCCAACGUCAGCCACAACGGGCCCAAGUGGAUCGUCCUGGACGGCGACAUCGACCCGAUGUGGAUCGAGUCACUCAACACAGUCAUGGAUGACAACAAGGUGCUGACUCUGGCCAGUAACGAGCGGAUCCCUCUCAACCCCACCAUGAGGCUGGUGUUUGAGAUCAGCCACCUUCGCACUGCGACUCCAGCCACGGUCUCCAGAGCAGGUAUCUUGUACAUAAACCCUGCAGACCUCGGGUGGAACCCGCCGGUGACCAGCUGGAUCGACAGGCGGGAGGUCCAGUCGGAGAAGGCCAACCUCACCAUCCUGUUCGACAAGUACCUCCCGUCCUGCCUGGAGGCCGUCAGAUCCAGGUUUAAGAAGAUCAUCCCCAUCCCCGAGCAGAGCCUGGUCCAGAUGCUGUGCUACCUGCUGGAGUGUCUUCUGACUCCAGAAAACACGCCGCCAGACUGCGCCAAAGAGCUGCACGAGCUCUACUUCGUCUUCGCCGCCAUCUGGGCCUUCGGCGGCGCCAUGUUUCAGGACCAGCUGGUCGACUACAGAGCCCAGUUCAGCAAGUGGUGGGUGGCCGAGUUCAAAACCAUCAAGUUCCCGUCCCAGGGCACCGUCUUCGACUACUACAUCGACCCGGAGAGCAAGAAAUUCGAACCCUGGUCCAAGAUGGUGCCCAAGUUCGAGAUGGACGCCGACACGCCUCUGCAGGCGUGUCUGGUCCACACCACGGAAACCAUCCGGGUGCGAUACUUCAUGGACCGCCUCCUGGAGCAGCGCCGGCCCGUCAUGCUGGUCGGGAACGCCGGCACCGGGAAGUCGGUGCUGGUCGGGGACAAGCUGGGAUCACUGGACACCGAGAAAUACAUGAUCAAGAACGUCCCCUUCAACUAUUACACCACGUCCGCUAUGCUCCAAGGCGUGCUGGAAAAGCCCCUGGAGAAGAAAGCCGGGCGCAACUACGGACCGCCGGGCAGCCGGCGGCUGGUCUACUUCGUCGACGACCUGAACAUGCCGGAGGUGGACGCCUACGGCACGGUGCAGCCGCACACGCUCAUCCGCCAGCACCUGGACUACAGCCACUGGUAUGACCGUAAUAAGCUGCUUCUGAAGGAAAUACACAACGUUCAAUACGUGUCCUGCAUGAACCCCACGGCCGGCAGCUUCACCAUUAAUCCACGACUGCAGCGCCACUUCUCGGUCUUCGCCCUGUCCUUCCCCGGAGCCGAAGCGCUGACCACCAUCUACACCUCCAUCCUGAACCAGCACCUGAAGGGCGACGGCUUCGGCGCCGCCGUGCAGAGGGCCGGCCCCGCCCUGGUCCAGCUGGCCCUCGCCCUCCACCAGCGCGUCUCCUCCACCUUCCUGCCCACCGCCGUCAAGUUCCACUACAUCUUCAACCUGCGGGACCUCUCCAACAUCUUCCAGGGCAUCCUCUUCUGUACCGCCGAGUGUCUGAAGGCCCCUCAGGACCUGCUGAAAAUCUACCUGCACGAGUCCAGCCGGGUCUACAGAGACAAGCUGGUGGAGGAGCCGGACUUCCAGCUCUUUGACAAGCUGCAGGCGGACGCGGCGAGAAAGUUGUACGAGGAUGUGGACGAGACUCUGCAGCAGGCCGGCCAGAUGAACCUGUACUGCCACUUCGCCCGCGGGCUCGGGGAGGCCAGGUACAUGCCGGCCGAGUCCUGGAGCGGCCUCAGCGCCGCCCUGCUGGAGGCGCUAGACGCCUACAACGAGGUCAACGCCACGCUCAACCUGGUGCUGUUCGAGGACGCCAUGGCUCACGUCUGCCGCGUCAACCGGAUCCUGGAGUCUCCGCGGGGCAACGCGCUGCUGGUGGGCGUGGGCGGCAGCGGCAAGCAGAGCCUCACCCGGCUGGCCGCCUUCAUCUCCAACCUGGAGGUGUUCCAGAUCACCCUGAGGAAGGGCUACGGCGUCGCCGACCUCAAGAGUGACCUGGCGUCCCUCUACAUGAAAGCCGGAGUGAAGAACAUCGGCACGGUGCUCCUGAUGACGGACGCCCAGGUGGCGGAUGAGAAAUUCCUGGUCCUGGUCAACGAUCUGCUGGCGUCGGGAGAGAUUCCUGACUUGUUCCCGGACGACGAGGUGGAGAACAUCAUCGGCAGCGUGAGGCCGGAGGUCCGCGGGUCGGGAGUGAUGGAUACCAGAGAAAACUGCUGGAAGUUCUUCAUCGACCGCGUUCGCCGACAGCUCAAGGUGGCCUUGUGCUUCUCCCCCGUCGGCAGCAAGCUGAGGGUCCGCGGCAGGAAGUUCCCCGCCGUGGUCAACUGCACCGCCAUCGACUGGUUCCACGAGUGGCCGCAGGAGGCGCUGGAGUCGGUCAGCCUCCGCUUCCUGCAGGAGGUGGAGAACAUCGAGCCGCCGGUGAAGGAGUCGGUGAGCAAAUUCAUGGCCUACGUGCACGCCAGCGUCAACCACACGUCCCGGGAGUACCUGGCCGGCGAGCGGCGCUACAACUACACCACGCCCAAGUCCUUCCUGGAGCAGAUCAAGCUGUACCGCGGCCUGCUGGGCCAGAAGAGCCGAGACCUGCGCAGCAAGAUGGAGCGGCUGGAGAACGGCCUGCAGAAGCUGAGCAGCACCUCGGCUCAGGUGGACGAGCUCAAGGCCAAGCUGGCCGCUCAGGAAGUGGAACUCAAGCAGAAAAACGAAGACGCCGACAAGCUGAUUCAGGUGGUCGGCGUGGAGACGGAGAAGGUGUCCAAAGAGAAGGCGGUGGCCGACGAGGAGGAGCGAAAGGUGGCGGCCAUCGCCGUGGUGGUCAGCGGCAAGCAGAGAGACUGCGAGGAGGAUCUGGCCAAGGCCGAGCCGGCUCUGCUCGCCGCUCAGGACGCCCUUAACACCCUCAAUAAGAACAACCUGACGGAGCUGAAGUCGUUCGGCUCCCCGGUGGCGGCGGUGACCAACGUCACGGCGGCGGUCAUGGUGCUGAUGGCGCCCGGCGGGAAAGUCCCCAAAGACCGCAGCUGGAAGGCGGCCAAGGUGAUGAUGGCCAAAGUGGACGCGUUCCUGGACUCCCUGGUCAACUUCAACAAGGAGAACAUCCCGGAGGCGUGCCUGAAGGCCAUCUCGCCGUACCUGCAGGAUAAAGAGUUCCAGCCGGAUCUGGUGGCGUCCAAGUCGUACGCGGCGGCCGGCCUGUGCUCCUGGGUCCUGAACAUCGUCAAGUUCUACGAGGUGUACUGCGAGGUGGAGCCCAAGCGGCAGGCCCUGAGCAAGGCCAACGCCGAGCUGGCCGCCGCGCAGGAGAAGCUCGCCGCCAUCAAGAGCAAGAUCAGCGUUCUGAAUGAGAACCUGGCCAAGCUGACGGCCAAGUUCGAGCAGGCCACCGCCGACAAGCUCAAGUGCCAACAGGAGGCGGAGUCCACCGCCAGAACCAUCUCGCUCGCCAACCGCCUGGUGGGCGGUUUGGCUUCGGAGAACGUCCGCUGGGCCGAGGCCGUGGAAAACUUCAAGAAACAGGAGAGGACUCUGUGCGGAGACGUCCUCCUCAUCACCGCCUUCGUCUCCUACCUGGGGUACUUCACCAAACGCUACAGGCUGCAGCUCAUGGACAACAGCUGGAGGCCGUAUCUCAGCCAGCUGCAGGUUCCCAUCCCCGUGACCCCCGACCUGGACCCUUUGACCAUGCUGACCGACGACGCCGACGUGGCGGCCUGGCAGAACGAGGGUCUGCCCGCCGACCGGAUGUCCACCGAGAACGCCACCAUCCUCACCUCGUGCCAGCGCUGGCCCCUCAUGGUGGACCCCCAGCUGCAGGGCAUCAAGUGGAUCAAGAACAAGUACGGCGAGGACCUGCGAGUGAUUCGCAUCGGGCAGCGAGGUUACCUGGAUGCCGUGGAGCGAGCGCUGGCGGCGGGCGACGUGGUUCUGAUAGAGAACUUGGAGGAGAACCUGGAUCCCGUUCUGGGACCUCUGCUGGGCAGAGAGACCAUCAAGAAGGGAAGGUACAUAAAAAUAGGAGACAAGGAGUGCGAGUACAACCCCAGUUUCCGCCUCAUCCUGCACACUAAGCUGGCCAGCCCUCAUUACCAGCCCGAGCUGCAGGCCCAGUGCACGCUCAUCAACUUCACCGUGACCAGAGACGGGCUGGAGGACCAGCUGCUGGCCGCCGUGGUCAGCAUGGAGAGACCGGACCUGGAGCAGCUGAAGUCCGACCUGACCAAGCAGCAGAAUGGAUUCAAGAUCACCCUGAAGACGCUGGAGGACAACCUCCUGUCCCGCCUGUCCUCCGCCUCCGGGAACUUCCUGGGAGACACGGAGCUGGUGGAAAACUUGGAGACCACCAAACGCACAGCUGCUGAGAUUGAAGAGAAGGUAAAAGAAGCCAAGGUGACAGAGGCCAAAAUCAAUGAGGCUCGGGAGCACUACCGACCGGCGGCGGCCCGGGCUUCCUUAUUGUACUUCAUAAUGAACGACCUCAAUAAAAUCCACCCCAUGUACCAGUUCUCUCUCAAGGCGUUCAGCGUGGUCUUCCAGAAAGCCGUCCUCAAGGCCGAGCCGGACGAGGCCCUCAAACAGCGAGUGUCCAACCUGAUCGACAGCAUCACCUCCUCGGUCUUCCAGUACACCACCAGAGGCCUGUUCGAGUGUGACAAGCUCACAUACAUCGCUCAGCUGGCGUUCCAGAUCCUGCUGAUGAAUAAAGAAAUAAACCCUGCAGAGCUGGACUUCCUCCUGAGAUACCCUGUCCAACCAGGUGUAACAUCACCGGUGGAUUUCCUCUCCAACCACUCCUGGGGAGGGAUCAAGUCUCUGUGCAACAUGGACGAGUUCCGUAACCUGGACCGCGACAUCGAGGGUUCGGCGAAACGCUGGAAGAAGUUCGCCGAGAGCGAGUGUCCCGAAAAGGAGAAGUUCCCGCAGGAGUGGAAGAGCAAAACCUCGCUGCAGAGGCUGUGCAUGAUGAGGGCGCUGAGGCCCGACCGCAUGACGUACGCCGUCAGAGACUUUGUGGAGGAGAAACUGGGGAGCAAGUACGUGAUUGGCAGAUCGCUGGACUUCGCCGUCUCCUUUGAAGAGUCGGGUCCGGCCACUCCCAUGUUCUUCAUCCUCUCUCCGGGAGUUGACCCUUUGAAGGAUGUGGAGAAGCACGGGAAGAAGUUGGGCUUCACGUUCGACAACAGGAACUUCCACAAUGUCUCCCUGGGUCAAGGACAGGAGGUGAUCGCUGAGCAGGCCAUCGAUCUGGCAGCCAAGAACGGCCACUGGGUCAUACUGCAGAACAUCCACCUGGUGGCUCGCUGGCUGGGGACCCUGGAGAAGCUGCUGGAGCAGCACGCCGAGGGCAGCCACCAGGACUUCCGGGUGUUCGUCAGCGCCGAGCCCUCCUCCACCCGCGAGGGCCACAUCAUCCCCCAGGGCAUCCUGGAGAACUCCAUCAAGAUCACCAACGAGCCACCCACCGGCAUGCACGCCAACCUGCACAAGGCUCUGGACAACUUCAAUCAGGACACGCUGGAAAUGUGUGCAAGGGAGAACGAGUUUAAAAGCAUCCUGUUCUCCUUGUGCUAUUUCCACGCUGUGGUGGCCGAGAGGAGGAAGUUCGGACCUCAGGGCUGGAACAGAUCCUACCCGUUUAACACCGGAGACCUCACCAUUUCCAUCAACGUCCUCUACAACUACCUGGAGGCCAAUCCGAAGGUGCCGUAUGACGACCUGCGCUACCUGUUCGGCGAAAUCAUGUACGGGGGCCACAUCACCGACGACUGGGACCGCCGCCUGUGUCGGACCUACCUGGAGGAGUUCAUCAAGCCCGAGAUGAUGGAGGGCGAGCUGUACCUGGCGCCUGGCUUCCCCCUGCCAGGAAACAUGGACUACAACAGCUACCACCAGUACAUCGACGACACGCUGCCCGCCGAGUCCCCGUACCUCUACGGCCUUCACCCCAACGCCGAGAUCGGCUUCCUCACUCAAACCUCAGAGAAGCUUUUCCGCACGGUGCUGGAGAUGCAGCCCAGGGAUGGAGGAGGCGGCGAGGGAGGCGGGGCGACGCGAGAGGAGAAGGUGCGCGCGGUGCUGGAGGAGAUCUUGGAGAAGCUGCCGGAGGAGUUCAACAUGGCCGAGCUCCUGGGGAAGGCGGAGGAGAGGACUCCCUACCAGGUGGUGGCGCUGCAGGAGUGUGAGCGCAUGAACGUGCUGACGCAGGAGAUCCGACGCUCCCUGCGCGAGCUGAACCUCGGACUGAAGGGGGAGCUGACCAUGACCAGCGACAUGGAGAACCUUCAGAACGCCGUCUUCCUGGACGUGGUGCCGGACAGCUGGACCAGGCGGGCGUACCCCUCCAUGUCCGGCCUGGCCCUCUGGUUCUCCGACCUGCUGGCCCGGAUCAAGGAGCUGGAGGCCUGGUCCGCCGACUUCGUCCUGCCCUCCGCCGUGUGGCUGGCCGGCUUCUUCAACCCCCAGUCCUUCCUCACAGCCAUCAUGCAGGCCAUGGCCCGAAGGAACGAGUGGCCCCUGGACAGCAUGUGCCUCCAGUGCGACGUCACCAAGAAGAGCCGCGAGGACUUCAGCUCGCCGCCGCGAGAGGGCGCCUACGUUCACGGGCUUUACAUGGAGGGCGCACGCUGGGACACGCAGACCGGCCUCAUCGUCGACGCCCGGCUGAAGGAGCUCACCCCGGCCAUGCCGGUCAUCUUCAUCCGGGCCGUCCCCGUGGACAAACAGGAGAGGCGGAGCGUCUACCAGUGUCCCGUCUACAAGACCCGCCAGAGGGGCCCCACGUACGUGUGGACCUUCAACCUGAAGACCAAAGAAAACCCCUCCAGGUGGACCCUGGCUGGCGUGGCCCUCCUGCUGCAGAUCUAACGGCAAAACUCAGUA